AUGGCGUCUGCCAUGUCGCGGAGAGGUGGCGGGAAGAUUCGUGCACCAAGAAGAGGCCUCAACGGUGCAGAUGUCGACUUCCAGACCACGUGGAUCGUAUUGGAGACAGCCUUCCGCGAGAUCCACACGAAGAACGCCUCCGCCCUGUCCUUCGAAGAGCUCUAUCGCAACGCCUACAAGCUAGUGUUGAAGAAGCAAGGUGAGGAGCUGUAUAAGAGAGUGGCAGAGUUCGAGGAGCAGUGGCUGGGCAGCACUGUACGGAAGGAGAUCGUCCAGACACUCUCAGCACCACUCAUGGUCAACGAGGGUGCUGGGCGGACACUUGCGACUGCAAAUGAGCGGAGACAAGCGGGCGAGAAGUUCUUGAGAAGGCUGAAACAGUCAUGGGAGGACCAUCAGGUGUGCAUGGGCAUGCUCACGGAUGUACUGAUGUACAUGGAUCGUGUGUACUGCACCGACCAUCGACAACCCUCAAUCUUCGCGAAGUCUAUGGGUCUGUUCCGCGACCAGAUCUUGCGCACACCACUCAGCCAGCACCAGCCUAACUUACUAGACGUUCUCACGCGAAUCAUUCUGGAUCAAAUUCAGAUGGAUCGUGAUGGCGAAAACAUUGAUCCGUUUCUAAUCAAGUCAAAUGUGUACAUGCUCGAAGGGCUGUACGAAUCAGAUGUGGAGGCGGAGGACGACAAGCUAUAUCUGAAAUCAUUCGAACUUGAGUUCCUACAACAAAGUGCCGAGUUCUAUAGGGAGGAAGGUGCUCGGCUGUUGAAGGAGUCCGAUGCAGGCACAUAUUGCAGACAUGCGAAACGUCGAAUCGAUGAGGAGAACGACCGGUGCCGCUCCACACUAACAGAAUCGACAUCACCAAAGAUUGUGCGCGUCGUGGAGGAUGAGCUAAUUCGGAACAAAAUGAAAGGCUUGAUCGAAAUGGAGAGUGGCGUUGCAUUCAUGGUCGACAACGAGAAGCUACAUGAGCUGAAUUUGGUCUUCGACCUAGAGGCGCGGGUAGACCCGAAGAAGCCUGAACUCACCAGGGCCAUGCAAAAGAUUAUUGCAGAGAUGGGCACGAACAUUAACAAUGCAGCUAUUGCAGCAUCCGAAGCACCUCAAGUCCAGACCGAAGCACCAGCAGCAGAGGAAGAUGACGGCAAAGCGAGGACUGCAUCCGUUAAACCACUGAAUCAGCAAACGGCAGCAGCGCUGAAAUGGGUGGAAGAGAUUCUUGCGCUCAAGGACCGCUUUGACAACAUUUGCAAAGAGUCCUUCAAGACACAGAGUGUCGACCAGGCCCUGUCAACAGCCAUAAAUCGCAGUAUGGCAGACGUCAUCAAUGCCUUCUCCCGUGGCAGCGAGUACAUUUCAUUAUUCAUCGACGAUAACAUGAAGCGCGGCAUCAAAGACAAGACGGAAGCAGAGGUUGAUCUGAUGCUGGAGAAGGCCAUCAUGGUCUUGCGUUACCUACAGGAUAAGGACAUCUUCGAGACGUACUACAAGAAGCAUCUAUGCAAACGACUGCUACUCAAGAAGAGCGUCAGUGUGGAGGUCGAGAAGCAGAUGAUCUCCCGCAUGAAGGUCGAGCUCGGCAAUAGCUUUACGCUUAAAUUCGAGGCCAUGUUCAAGGAUAUGACGUUGAGCGAGGAGUUGUCGAAUGGUUACAAAAAGCAUGCGGCCGGCGUGGCGGACUUGAACGACUCCAAGGGCAUCGAGCUCAGUAUCAAGGUGCUCACCUCCAUGACCUGGCCACUGGAAGCUUUCCGCAGCGGCAUAGAAGGCGACAACGAUGGCAUAAGACCACAGAUCAUCUACCCACCCGCGAUCCGACGAGUGAAAGAAGGCUUCGAACGCUUCUACAGCCAGAAGCAUUCCGGCCGGAAGCUGACGUGGCACAACAAUAUGGGCGAUGCUCUACUCAAGGCUCGCUUCCCGCAUUCGAAAGCCACGGUCCACGAUGUCGAGUGCUCCACCUACGCCAUGUUGAUCCUCCUCCUCUUUGAAGACCUUCCAAACGGUUCGACCUUGUCGUUUGAGGAGAUCGAGGCUGCUACAAAUAUACCCCUGGAUGACCUGAAGCGCAACUUGCAAUCGCUGGCUGUGGCGCCCAAGACGCGGUUCCUGGUCAAGACGCCUAUGAGCCGCGAGAUCAAGCCUGGUGAUCGAUUCAGGUAUAAUGAGAACUUCGUGUCGAAUGUUCGACGUAUUCGCGUUGGUGUUGUAUCUGCUGGGAACAAAGUCGAGGGUGAUAGGGAGCGUAAGGAGACAGAGAAGAAGAACAAUGAGGAUAGGAAGUUCCAGAUUGAGGCGGCGAUUGUGAGGAUUAUGAAACAACGGAAAGAGCUGGCUCAUGCUCAGCUGCUCACUGAGACCCUCACGCAGCUUUCGCAUCAGUUCAAGCCUGAUGUCAACAUGAUCAAGAAGCGUAUCGAGGGUCUGAUUGAGAGGGAGUAUCUGGAGCGGAUGGACGAGGCGCCUGUGCCUAGUUAUCGGUACUUGGCUUGA